CUUUAAUCAGUUAGAAAGGAUUCAAUGCAGUGACUUGAACACAGAACUGACUGGUGGGAUGAUUAUCCUUGCAAUUGGCAAUGAUAAGGUCCACGUUAUUUGGAAAAGACAAAUGCAUCAAAGUAUAGUGACAAAAAGCCGAAGAACUGUGGAUACUGGAAAGCUGAGGCAUAAACAGAUGAAUCAACUGGGCACAGGUCUGGAACUGAGAUGUGUACUAUUCCAGGUGUACUCAGCUCCACGGCAGGGGUUGCAUUUUUAUGGACAGUUGCUGUCAGUGUUUGAAACAAAUUUUCUCAAUGAAUCCAACAAUAUAUAAUUUAUCGUGUUUGUCUCAUGUCCCAUAAUCUGAUGGGCAGUUUCUCUUUCUAUUUUGUUACUGAUCACAAGACUUGUUAGAUGGGCAGAACAGACCUUCACCAGUACACUUCCGGAAGUACUAGAUUUCUCGUCGUCAUAUUGCAGCCAGCUGUAAUCAUUGUCUGCACACAUUGGAUCCAAGUAAGGACUGAGGAAGCUACGAUGGCCAACAGACGUGCACAACCAUUUCUAAAUCCUGGACAUUUUUAUGGAAUUCUAGGGUUGAAAAAUAAUGCUACACCAGAAAAGAUUGAAGAGGCAUAUAGGAAGCUUGCACAGGACUACCACCCUGAUAAAUAUCCAGAUGACCCUGCAGCAGCCAAGCGAUACAAGGAAAUAAACAAUGCCUAUGCCAUCCUCUCUGAUGAAAAGAAAAAGCGUAUCUAUGACACAUCUGACAUUUUUGGACUGCAAGCGGCCGCCAUGCUUGGGAAGGAUGGGGAAAACAUCCUGGCCUCUCAUAAUAGCUGCUGCAUAAAGUUUUGGACCUAUUGUGGUUUAAUUGCCACUUGUGGCUGUUGCUGUUUUUGCUGUUUUUGCUGUUGUGGCUUGUGUUUGCCAAAGAUUGAUCAAACCAAUGAGACACCGACGAACAUUCCUACAGGUGGUUCAAGUCCAGUCCUGCGUCAGCCACAUUACAUGCACAGUGAAACCACUCCAUUAAACCAGGAAUAUGACUAUGGCUACAGCACACUGAAUUAAGAAGAAAUGAAGCGUUUGCUUUCAAUGGAGAUUCACAGUUCAAAUUAACCCUUUUAAAAUCUUGUAGAAUUUCCAAAUUAAGUUACUAAUUUCAAUCAUCUGACAUUGUCUAUCAUCUUGCAUUUAUUAAGAAUUCUUAGAAGUCUAAAACACACAAGUUUAGUCCAUGAAGCUCACUCCUACAGAUAAUGUGUAGGCCAUUCCAUCAUGGACAAUGAACAACCACUGAUGAAAUUACAGUAAGAAGUACAACCAUCCCAAGCUUUUUCUUUGAUACAAGUUUCUCUAUCAGGUAGUCCUCACUUCAAAUCCAAAAAUUCCCCAAUACCCUCUGCUUCGUUUUCUUGUCUCCUACCUCUGUUCUCAAUCCCUUUUACCUUUAGUGAUAUCAUCUCCGUUCAUCUGCAGAAAAUCCAAAGCUUUACAAUACAUACAUUGUUCAUCCUUGGCCAGAUUUUUCCAUUGCCAUAACAGCUCAGAAACUAUCAUCUUCCAUGGAGGACUUGACUGAUGCCCCACUAGACUGCGUAUUCAGUCCCCCACUGUACUCCUUAUCUACUAACGAUUGUGUGGCCAAAUUCUCCCCAAACUCCAUUUACAAAUUUGCUGACAUGCCACCAUUGUAAGUCAGAUCUCAAACAAUGUAGAAACAGUAUACAAAGAGUUUGAGUGCUUAGUGGCAUGUGUAAAGACAACAAUCCCUCCAUCAAUGUCAGCAAAAUGAAGGAGCUGGUCCUUGACUUCAGGAAGUGGAGUGGAGGUCACACCCCUGUCAGCAUCAAUAGUGCUGAGGUGGACAUGGUUGAGACCGUCAAGUUCCUAGGAGUGAUGAUUACCAAAAAUCUAUGCUGGUCUAACCCACACUGAUGCAAUGGUCAAGAAAGCACAACAAUACCUUUACUUCCUCAGGAGGCUAAGGAAAUUUGACAUGUUCAUGAAGACUCUUUUUUUAUAGAAGCACCAUAGAAAGCAUCCUAUCUGCAUGCAUCACAGCAUGGUAUGGCAACUGGUCUUCCCAAGACCGCAUGUAAAUAUAGAGAAUCAUGAACACAGCCCAAUCCAUCACGCAGACCAGCCUUCUAUCCAUUAACUCCAUCCAUACUUCCCGAUGCCUCAAGAAAGGAAACAACACAAUCAAAGACCCCUCCCACUCCAGUAAUACUCUCUUCCACCCUCCUCCAUUGGAAAGAAGCUAUAAACGUUUGAGUACUUAUAUGGACAGAUUCAAGAACAGCUCUUCCCUGCUGUUAUCAGUAUCAGUCAGGAGGUUAGUGAGGACUCAUUUGCUGUCCUUCAAAAAAUGCCAUGUGAUUGUUUACAUUCACUGAGACAUUAAGUGGAACUUAGUUUAACUUUUCAUUUUAAAAAUGUCCAACUCAUGGCGUAUUAGCCUGAAAUGAGUCCUUAAAAUUAAGUUCUUGACUCCACAACCUUCUGACAAUCUAUUUAGCCACAGGAAAGACCCAUAUUCUGUUCUCAGAUCAAUGCACAGAUCUCACUGGGGUGUUAUAACUGGGAUUGGGAGCUUGAAUGCAAGAGGAUUCCAACUUGUUACUUCAAAUCUAAUCAAUGGAACAAUGAAGAUUUGAGACACUUGGGAAUAUUUGUAUUCUUAUUAUGUUCUAAAAAAGCAUGCGAAGGCGCAGUUUUAUCUGCUGAUUAGAUGGACAUUUCCCUUCCUGUGGACACUUAUGCUGAAACUGUAAAGUUAGUACAUUCAGAAACAAAUUGAUGAUUUUGACAGAUUUUGACUAUUAUACUGACAAAGUAUACCUCCCAAGAUAACAAAAAAAGGAAGUGGGAAAAAUGUGGCACAGCUAUUUCCCCAUCAUCCCAUGAUCAUGGAGGCAAGUGGUGGAAUGGUUCAGGAAUUCACUUAAAACUCUGAUCCAUUUUACAACCUUAUCAACCAACUCCUCUCAGCUCAGACCAUUUUAGUCCAAUGAUAAGUGUACCAGACAUUUGAACUAUCUGUGUCAGUCGUGACAUUAGAGUUGAUCACUCCACCAUCUGUGUAACAGCAUCUACUUAAUGUUCUUGGAUGAAAAAAGAACACUUGUAGACUGUACGACUUCUUUGUUCAUCUGUGGGCAGCUGUAGGUUCAUUUACUUCAGUAUUCUGGGGUAAAAGUUACACUGUUGCAUCUCCAGGGUGAUAGAAGCAAAUCAUAAGGCAAGAUAUUAACUGCAAGGAUUUAAAAAAUGCCAAAUAGCUGUGGUUUAGUGGGUUUUAAAUCAGAAGGUUGUAGGCUCACAUCUCACACUAGAAAUUAUGAACAAGCAAUUCAGACUAACUUAACUAGGAUGACUGAGUGCUUUACUGCUAGAGAUACCGACCUUCAGUUGAGAUGUUAAAUUGAAACCCUGCCUAUCCUGUAGGGGGAUGUAGGAAAUUUGCUGUUAUGCAAAGAAGAGCAGGGAAUUUCAUCCUGGGUAAUAGGUAUAUCUCACUAAUGAGAAUAGAAGUUAUUUGGCCAUUAUUACAUUAUUGUUACAUGGCCUUGCUGUGUGCAAGUUGGUUUCCCAUAUUACAACAGUGAUGACACUUGAAAAAGUAUAUCAUUGGGUGAAAAGCCUUAUUACAUAAUGGUUGUGAAAGGCACUAUAAUGAAUAAAUGUAAGUGUUUCUUCUAUAGAAAAGCUCUGCUUUUAUUUUUUAUAAUUUUUCAUUUUAAACAUAGCAUUUAGCCCACCUGCUUUUUAAGUGAUGAGGAAUUGCAUUAAUGUAUUGUACGUGUACUGCCUGU